CGUCCACUGAUAUUCAGCUAGGCCCUGGUCAGACCGUAACAAGCCACCUUGGAGCAUUUAGCACAGCAUGGGUGGACUUUCAGCAGAUCCGGGAUUUUCCUGCCCCCAAGCCUCCAGUCAUUGCUACUUCACAGUCACUGCCGAGAAUUCGCCAACCAAAGUUCGGUCAUAAUCCAUCCUCCCAGAAUGCCGAUCCUAGCACCCCUCACCUCGAUCACACGACCAGCCCAUUCCCAUUCCUCUAUGGGUUUCCAGGCGAUCCACCCUCGCCCAGCGACCAGAUCAAGGCAGUUCGUCGACAGGUGGGGGAAACACAACAGGGUUCGUUAAAAAUGCUCGAGUCACUUCAUCUUGACGACGACGACGAGGAAGCCCAGCCAGCUGGGAUCCAUCCACGCACUCGAUCCGAAGCAAUCACUGUCAACUUCCUGAUCAACUUUCUCAACGGCGUCGCCCUGGAGCUCCACCCUCACUCAGUCCGACCGAGCUUUGCCUCUGUGUCGGAGCAGACUUGCUUUGUGUUCGGACCCAGCCCAAAACGGCAGAUGGCCACCGGAUCGUAUCGUGCCCAUGUCGACGGGUACAUGUACAACCUACCAUCCCGCGCCGGCGAGAGCAAUAAUGGGGAUCCCAAUCAAGUCCGGCGUCUCUUUCUGUACGAGGUCAAGCCAGUUGCCUACACUCGCACUUCUUCUGAUGUUCAGGACGCAUUGCUUCGCCAGGUUACAGCCGAGUUGGCGGCGUGGGCGUACACAAGAUUAGAGGAGCUCCUUGGACAAUGUCAGAGAUCCAACCUCCCUGUCUAUUUGCCCACCAUUGUCCAGACACAGGAUGAGUCCUGGCUUUUUAUCGGCGUGUGCCACCAAGACUAUCUUCUUUACAUCAGAAAUCCUGAUGCUCCUGUGGUACCUGCAGAUGAUUUGAUAAUGGAGACAUCAAUGCUGCAGAUACACUUCUUUGGCCGGUACUCUCUAUACUCCCGGGAACACAUGUUGAGCCUUGUUGCAUUUGUCGUUGCCCAGAUGCGUUCACAGCUUGCAGCUUUUCGAUAACUAGACCUAGGCAGAAAUAUUUUAUUUACACGCG